GCGGAAGGCUGUGGAUGUCGAGUGAAUCAACAGAUACAUCACUUAAAAUUGGAUUGGAUUUCAGAACCGAUAACUUGCAAUUCAUUUUAAGAAUAUAUUACCAAGCCAGAGCUGUUAGUGCCGCAAUCUGAUCUACAGGAAGUAGGAAAAACUCGUUCUUCCUGAAGCAGCAACGCCCACUGUCCAGUCCACAGAUGGACGAAGUGCUCAGUGUUUGCAGAACAAUAUCGCUGCUGUUUUUCCUGCUAUUUGCUCCAGGCGGCCGCUGCAUCAGCCUGCUCUCGGUCGGCGUACCCCGGCACGUGGCGCACGGACAGUCCACGGUGCUCGAGUGCCAGUUCGACCUGGAGGGCAGGAGGCUGUACUCCGUCAAGUGGUACAAGGACGGGGAGGAGUUCUACCGCUUCGUGCCGGAGGAGAGCCCCCAGAAACAAGUGUUCCACCUGGCCGGCGUCAACGUGGACACCGAAUCUUCCGCUGAGAAUCAAGUGAAGCUGAUGUCGGUGAACCUGAACAGCACAGGACGUUACAGGUGCGAGGUGUCGACGGAGGGUCCGCCUUUCGAAACCGUGUCUGAACAUUCCGACAUGGCAGUCUUCGUGCUGCCCAAGGGCAACCCGCGCAUCACGGGCGGCAGAGCGCGCUACCAGGUGGGCGACCAGGUGCGGCUCAACUGCACCUCUGGCUGGUCGCGGCCCGCGGCGCGCCUCAAGUGGUUCAUCAACGAGCACCAGGCCAACAGGGCGUACCUCGCGAGGCCGGUGGUCCUGGAGUCCGCGGCGGGAGGGGGAGGCCUGCAGGCAGUCGUGCUGGGCCUCGAGUUCACCGUGCGGCCCAAGCACUUCCGCAAGGGCAGCAUGCGGCUCAAGUGCCUGUCGACCAUCUCGUCCAUAUACUUCCGCAGCAACGAGACCACGCUCGGCCGGAUCGACAAGGCCCCGGUCGACCACAGCCAGACCGAGUCGUCGACCAAGCUGGGAGGUCUCGGUGGAAAAGUGGCCGUAGCAGCCUCGUUGUUUUUCGCCCACACCCUGUGGGCCAUGGCAAGAUGUGACUGACGAUGUACUACGUAGCCACUACGUUAUCAAGCGUCACGACGUAAACUUAUGGGUCCAAAUUAUUUACAUCAAGAAGUUCAAAUUAUACCAAAAAAAAAUAAUCAAACAUGUACGUUACUAUGUUUGCUAAUAUCAAAUGAUUGUUAAAACGAAAUUUUAUGUUUUAAAAAUAAAUACAUUGUA